AUGCCAUCACCCCAACAACCCAUUUGUUUUAUCUGGUCAUCUAUGGCUGUUAGCGGGGUGAGUCUUAUUUCUCAGGCCGGGGACGUGGAUGCCCCGGGAGCGGCUCUGGCUGCUAUGUCCUCUUCCAAUACGUCAUUGUCCGCCAACCCCACGCCAGAUGCGGACACCCGUGGCUGCGAGAACGGUGCCUUGAUGGACUCUUUCGGCAUCUUCCUGCAAGGCCUGCUAGCGAUGGUGGCCUUCAGUACGCUGAUGUGUGAGUACAUCCAGCCAGACGCCCACUCUGACUGUGGAAAUGUGACUUCUUUAUUGUAGUUUGUUCAGUAUAGGCUUAAUGUAAAAUUGAAUUUCACUGUGCAGUGUUGAAAUUGGAUAACCUGCUUAGGCUACUUGUUUUUAAUUGAUGUCUGUCUGUUUUCGAUCGGCAAGAAUCACUGGCAGUCAUGGCAUUCACUGUGUCUCAAAAGACUGGAUUGGACAGUUGCCUGUUCUGUCCAAAGUAUCUAUGUUGUCCCAUCCCUGUAGUGUUCCGUUUUGGCAAUGUAGUUUGUCCUCCUCUUUGACCUUUGAGUCAUUGUCAGUGUUGCCCUGGUAAAGAGGAACUUCAGUCACAGCAGCAAGAGUUGAGGAAUGUUCAGCUCUCAGAGCAGUGUUGAUGCCUGAUGCAGCUUUCUUGUCAGGAAUUGAUUGGGCCUAGGCUUGCAUCAGUCACACAGCCCAGCUUACAUGCAGGGUGUGUCAGUAGUUACACACUCCAUACAAAUAACAGAGUAGUAUGAGGGAGCCUGAAGUCACAGCAUACCCAUAUUAACAUUCCACUGUAAACAUUUGUUUGGGCAUCACACUAGGAAAACCAGCUCCCAUUUUGACAGGCGACAUAGACACAUACUUUACACAGACACACAUGCACGCACACAGUAAAGUGCUUAACACACACUAGGAGAUUGUUGUCUAGUGGUACCAUAGCUGAAACACAAAUUGAGGAUUAGGGAAUGUCCGGUAGAUUAGUGACUAGUUGAGUCAUAAAGCAUUGAACCACUUCUCACCCAGCAAUCAAUCGUGUGUAAUGGAGGUUAGGAGAAGGGGGGGGCAUGGAAACAAGAUGACUAUUGUUGGGAACAGCCAGAGCUUUAUUUGUCAGCCAUUACGUCACGUUGAGAAAAUACACACACUCACACAGGGAUUAAUUAAAGUGUAGGCCUAGAUUUUAAAAGAACCCAGUGGCUUGUGCGUCUUGUACACAUAGGGGCCUAAACCCCAGAGUAGCAGUCAGGCAGUUUGUCUUUCAUGUAGGCUAUUGUGUCUGUAGGGAACAAUGUUUGAACACACUCUCCAACCUACAGUAUCUCAUCCCCAUUCUUCCAUAGCCAGGUUGGUAAUCCAGGUGAUAAUGCUGAACGAUUCAGGUCACUGAUAUACCAGUCACGUGGUCAGGACAGUGUGAUAUGUAAUAUGACAAUGGCUGGUGUCACAUACUCUUAGCAAUAGCAGGCCCUCUUGAUUAGUGCUAAAGGCACUAGAUGGCACAUUUCUUUUAGCUCAUAAGAAAUAACCCAAGUAUUUCCUCAGCUCACAGGACGAGCGAGAUUUGGCUGAUAAUGAUAGGCACAGUGACAUCAGCUUGACUACAAUUUUAGUACAUAAUAUACAGUAUAGUAGUGUGCCAUUUCCUCUUUUACCAUUCACCCUUCGUCUAUAGUCUCACCUUGUGUAAACAUGGCAUCUCAAUAGCUGACUUGUUAAGAGAAUAUAGCCUAAUGAACAUUGUUUGCUUCAGUCUUAAGUGUAUUAGUUAGGCUAUGGUGUCAGGUGUAGCCUAUUUAAAAGCGAACACUGAACUGCAUUUCCCAUCACACUGGCCAAUACUCAUAGAAAUAGGCCCCUUACAUUUUGUGCUGAUAUGUUGACCAUCAUACUAAACUUGAUGAUGAAAGUAUAAAGCCUAUUUAAGUUCAGACUUGAGCUGUCCUAAAUUAAUUUACAUGAAUAGGAUGAUUGAGUUUGCUCCUUGAUAUAAUUAGGUACACAAAGAGGUACUGAUUCAUCCUACUGCUGUCGUGUGUGUCUGUGUGAGAAAGACUACGACAGGCCUAUAUAUGACUCUCUGUCUCUCUCCUGUCCACAGUAAAGCGCUUCAGGGAGCCCAAGCAUGAGAGAAGACCCUGGAGGAUCUGGUAAGACAGCAGCCAUCUCACACCCACUCCCAACCAGCGUAUUCAAGCUUAUCCUCUUCAAUAUUGCUUCCUAGUUACAAUGUGUAUACUGAAAUGCAACUAAGAUAAACACAAGACUGGUGCAUGUUUGUAAUGUUAUGUUCAGCUUUUGAAGUAACUUGAAUGCUCAAGAGUUUUUAAAAUAUCUUCCUGUCCCGGCCAACUCUUCCAGGUUCCUGGACACCUCCAAACAGGCCAUUGGGAUGCUGUUCAUUCACUUUGCCAAUGUCUACCUGUCUGACCUCACAGAGGAGGACCCCUGCUCACUGUGAGUGUGUCUGUCUAUAUUUGUAUGUGUCCAUCAGUCAUUGUUUGUCUGUCUUUGUGCGUAUGACUAUGCCUCUGUAUUUGUGUGUAUGUAGUAUAGUCUCUUUAUAACAUUAUGUCCACCUCAACUUUGAAGUGGAUAAUGUCUCAUCUCUCUUCCUCAGUUACCUUAUUAACUUCCUCCUGGAUGCGUCUCUGGGCAUGCUGCUGAUCUAUGCCGGGGUGAGGGCUGUCAGUGCCAUUGUAGAGUGGAGGCAGUGGGACGCUCUACGCUUUGGAGAAUACGGUGAGGAUCAGGAUAUUUUUCAUAGCUGUCUAUUUACCACCACAAACCAAUGCUGGCAUUAAGAUUGCACUGAAUGAGUUGUACAAGGCCAUUAAUCAACAGGAAAACGCUCAUCCAGAUGCAGCGCUCCUAGUAGCCGGGGACUUUAAUGCAGGGAAACUUAAAUCCGUUCUACCUCAUUUCUACCAGCAUGUUAAAUGUGCAACCAGAGGGGAAAAAACUCUAGACCACCUUUACUCCACACACAGAGACGCAUAUAAAGCUCUCCCUCGCCCUCCAUUUGGCAAAUCUGACCAUAACUCUAUCCUCCUGAUUCCUGCUUAUAAGCAAAAACUGAAGCAGGAAGCACCAGUGAUUCGGCUAAUAAAAAAGUGGUCAGAUGACGCAGAUGCUAAGCUACAGGACUGUUUUGCUAGCACAGACUGGAACAUGUUCCGGGAUUCUUCAGACAGCAUUGAGGAGUACACCACAUCAGUCACUGGCUUCAUCAAUAAGUGCAUCGAUGAUGUCGUCCCCACAGUGACCGUACGUACAUACCCCAACCAGAAGCCAUGGAUUACAGGAAACAUCCGCACUGAGCUAAAGGGUAGAGCUGCCGCUUUCAAGGAACGGGACUCUAACCCGGACGCUUAUAAGAAAUCCCGCUAUGACCUCCGACGAACCAUCAAACAGGCAAAGAGUCAAUACAGGUCUAAGAUUGAAUCAUACUACACUGGCUCUGAUGCUCGUCGGAUGUGGCAGGGCUUGAAAACUAUUACAGACUACAAAGGGAAGCACAGCCGCGAGCUGCCCAGUGACACAAGCCUACCAGACGAGCUAAACCACUUCUAUGCUCGCUUCGAGGCAAGCAACACUGAAGCAUGCAUGAGAGCACCAGCUGUUCCGGACGACUAUGUGAUCACGCUCUCCGUAGCCGAUGUGAGUAAGACUUUUAAGCAGGUCAACAUUCACAAGGCCGCAGGGCCAGACGGAUUACCAGGACGUGUACUCCGAGCAUGUGCUGACCAACUGGCAAGUGUCUUCACUGACAUUUUCAACAUGUCCCUGACUGAGUCUGUAAUACCAACAUGUUUCAAGCAGACCACCAUCGUCCCCGUGCCCAAGAACUCUAAGAUAACCUGCCUAAAUGACUACCGACCCGUAGCACUGACGUCUGUAGCCAUGAAGUGCUUUGAAAGACUGGUCAUGGCUCACAUCAACAGCAUAAUCCCAGAAACCCUAGACCCACUCCAAUUUGCAUACCGCCCCAACAGAUCCACAGAUGAUGCAAUCUCUAUCGCACUCCACACUGCCCUUUCCCACCUGGACAAGAGGAACACCUACGUGAGAAUGCUAUUCAUUGACUACAGCUCAGCAUUCAACACCAUAGUGCCCUCUAAGCUCAUCACUAAGCUAAGGAUCCUGGGACUAAACACCUCCCUCUGCAACUGGAUCCUGGACUUCCUGACGGGCCGCCCCCAGGUGGUAAGGGUAGGUAACAACACAUCUGCCACACUGAUCCUCAACACGGGGGCCCCUCAGGGGUGCGUGCUCAGUCCCCUCCUGUACUCUCUGUUCACCCAUGACUGCAUGGCCAGCCACGACUCCAACACCAUCAUUAAGUUUGCCGACGACACAACAGUGAUAGGCCUGAUCACCGACAACGAUGAGACAGCCUAUAGGGAGGAGGUCAGAGAUCUGGCCGUGUGGUGCCAGGACAACAACCUCUCCCUCAACGUGACCAAGACAAAGGAGAUGAUUGUGGACUACAGGAAAAAAAAGAGGACUGAGCACGCCCCCAUUCUCAUCGACGGGGCUGUAGUGGAACAGGUUGAGAGCUUCAAGUUCCUUGGUGUCCACAUCACCAACGAACUAUCAUGGUCCAAACACACCAAGACAGUCGUGAAGAGGGCACGACAAAGCCUAUUCCCCCUCAGGAGACUAAAAAGAUUUGGCAUGGGUCCUCAGAUCCUCAAAAAAUUCUACAGCUGCACCAUCGAGAGCAUCCUGACUGGUUGCAUCACCGCCUGGUAUGGCAACUGCUUGGCCUCUGACCGCAAGGCACUACAGAGGGUAGUGCGUACGGCCCAGUACAUCACUGGGGCAAAGCUCCCUGCCAUCCAGGACCUCUAUACCAGGCGGUGUCAGAGGAAGGCCCUCAAAAUUGUCAAAGACUCCAGCCACCCUAGUCAUAGACUGUUCUCUCUGCUACCGCACGGCAAGCGGUACUGGAGUGCCAAGUCUAGGUCCAAAAGACUUCUCAACAGCUUCUACCCCCAAGCCAUAAGACUCCUGAACAGCUAAUCAUGGCUACCCGGACUAUUUGCACUGCCCCCCCACCCCAUCCUUUUUACGCUGCUGCUACUCUGUUAAGUAUUUAUGCAUAGUCACUUUAACUCUACCCACAUGUACAUAUUACCGGUGCCCCCGCACAUUGACUAUGCAACGGUACCCCCCUGUAUAUAUAGCCUCCCUACUGUCACUUUAUUUUACUGUAUAUAUAGCCUCCCUACUGUCACUUUAUUUUACUUCUGCUCUUUUUUUCUCAACACUUUUUUGUUGUUUUAUUCUUACUUUUUUGUUUAAAAUAAAUGCACUGUUGGUUAAGGGCUGUAAGUAAGCAUUUCACUGUAAUGUCUGCACCUGUUGUAUUCGGCGCAUGUGACCAAUAAAAUUUGAUUUGAUUUGAGAGUGUGUGUGUGUGGAUGAGAGAUCCUUUCACCCUGUAGUACACAUGAUGUCCAGAAGAGGGCAGAGGCUACCUCGUGCACUGCAGUGCUGCAAUGUCAUCCAGAUCAAACACAGUCGAUCACUGUUAACUUGUUCAACUCGGGCAGAGUUGGUUUAUGGAUGCCACAUUAAGCGAAACCUUUCCCUGGUUCUUUGAUUUAGAGGCGCAAUCUGCAGUUGAAAUAAUAACAAGGCAUUCGCCCUGCUUCUGUUUUAGUAAAAGGCUGAGAUGGACCUGGAGAAAUGUAACCAUUCUCAACAAAAAUUCAGAGAAGUGAGGACAUUUUUGCCAGUCCUCACUUGUAAAAUACUAUUUUAGAGUUAGGGUUAGAAUUGGGGUAAGGGAAAACAGGAUUUUGAAUGGGAAUCAAUUGUUGGUCUCCAAAAAGUCCUCAAAGGUAUAGUAAGACGUGUGUGUGUGUGUGUGUGUGUGUGUGUGUAGGAGAGCCGGUGCAGUGCACUGCGUGGGCGGGCCAGUGUGCUCUCUACAUCCUCAUCAUGAUGUUUGAGAAGGUCCUCAUCAUCCUGGUCCUACUCAUCCCACAGUGGAAGAAGGUGAGUAGGGGGCAUAAUGGGCAGGGUCCUGACCUAUGACCAUUUGUAUCAGUUUAGUUAUAUUAUGCCUGUGGAAAAUGUAUGAAUAAUAACAGUACUGUAAACUGUCUGUCGUUUUAACUCAUCUGUGUUAAUGUUUGUAUUUCCUGUCUUGUUUGUGUGCUUGUUGUGCUCAUAUUUGUGUGUCUGUGUGUCACAGCUGGCUCUCCUGAACCCCAUAAACAAUCCUCAGUUGGAGCUGGCCAUCGUCAUGCUCAUCGUCCCGUUCUUCGUUAACGUAAGUUAAGUGUGCAGUGCCUCUGUGAGGCAGGGCUCAAUUAAGAACAUAGUAUCAUAUGUAAUGGUAUUACUUCAUGGGUUGUUGUUUGCUACAACUAUGUGUAUUUUAUGUUUGUUGACAGAUUUUAGCCAAUUAGGCUUGUGUGUGUGUGUGUGAUCAAACUGUCUGUCAUGUGUGUGUCUGGUGGUGUUCUUGCUCAAUGGGCUGUGUAUCAUAUGUUGUCCUCAGGCCCUGAUGUUUUGGGUGGUAGAUAACUUCCUGAUGAAGAAGGGGCGGACAAAAGCCAAGCUGGAGGAGCGGGAGGUGGGGGAGGACGUGCGGGGCAACCGUAAGGUGCGCUACAGACGGGCACUCUCCCACGACGACUCAGAGUCUGAG